UUUUUCGCCCAGCUUCAUCUGAAGAUGCUGUCAUUCCGGCAGUUAUUGUCGAAAAUUAUCCGGAAAAAUAUGAGAUCCCCGAAAUCGACACACUAGUUCUUAGUAAUCCAGAUUUCAAUGUUAACGAUCUCAAAGGAAUUCAGGAUUUACAUGUCAAAACAUUUAUCGACAAACUGCACGAUGUAAUCAAGAAUUCAACGGUUGCUAAAGGCACGGAUGAGUCUACAACUGACAGUUUAGUAUCAGGUAUACUACAUCAUGUUGCCGAUAUGGAUUGUUGGCCCUUUAAAAUUCGCCAUCAUCCAUUUUGCGAACUAGUUAUUGGUGGUGAAUCUGUGACAGCGAGGCCUAGAUUUGUGAUUGAUAAGGAUCGGAUUGCUAUAGUUGCUAUAGAGGAUAAACACUUAACAAAUAAAAUGCUUACUAAAACGACUGAUUACGGAGAAGUACAACUUGCUGCUGAAAUACUCGCUUGUGGUAGUGUAAAUUUACGUGAGAUUUAUGAGGGUGAACAUGUUGAUCAAGAAAUAUUUGCCAUUCGUGUUAUAUCUACUUAUUUUACAUUUUACCGUACUGUAAUUGCUGCAUCUUAUUGGGAAGAACUUGAUCUUGGCCUGCCAAAAGAUCAGUUAGUAGUGAUUGAAAGAUGGCCACCUAAAAAUGGUAAAGAUGAAGGUUUAGAUAUUUCGAAAAUCGGAGGAAGAAAAGCGGUUCUAACGGCGUUGGCCAAAAUUCGAAAAUAUCUUUUGCA